UCCGGCCUCAGCGCGCCGCCUCCGGCACGGCCCGCGCCCACGGCCGGGCCACGAGCUGGUUCCCGCCCGGGGCCUAGGAAGCGGCAAGCGCGCCCCCGCCGCUCGUCCUAGGCGUCUGGCUAGAAGGCGGCGCCGCGACCUGGCCGGGUGAGCUGAGGCGGCAGGCCGCGAGGCGCGGAGUCCCGGGCCCGGCCGCGAGCGCAGUGUCUGGGGCGCGCGAAAGCGACCGCGCAGCGCCAGACGGAGGCGCGGGCUCCGCGCGAACUCGCGUCGGAGCGAGCGCCGGGCGCGCGCGGUUCCGCUCUCCCGGGGGACCCUUGGUUUCACCUCGACGCCACGACCUCGCCCCCGCGGGUGCUGCCGGCACCGGGAUGCAGCGCCCCUUUUGCGCGCUCUGCCCUAGCCCACCCGAAAUUCGAGGCCCGCACGCCACCCCGGGCGCCUCUCCAGGCCGGGGCGUCUCGCCCGCCGCCCACCAGCUUCCCUCUUUCUUCCUCCCCCGCGCUCCCACGGAGGUUAUUUUUAACUUCCCGACGCUGCAGCUGGGCCACCGAGCCUGAGGCCGCCUAGCGCGCUGUCCCGGGUAGAGCAGGCGACAGGCUGGGGGCUCCGAGCCGGAGAGGAGGCUUGACAGUGUAGAUGGGCCUGGGGGCCCCCGUCGGGAUUGGAAAGCCAAGCAUGUGGCGCCUUGGUGCUGAAUUGGGGAAGUCUGUUGUAUAUCAAGAGACCAAUGGAGAAACAAGAGUUGAAAUAAAAGAAUCUGUUCGUGGCCAAGAUAUUUUCAUUAUACAGACAAUACCCAGAGAUGUGAAUACAGCUGUGAUGGAGUUGCUCAUCAUGGCUUACGCACUGAAGACUGCCUGUGCCAGGAACAUUAUUGGGGUCAUCCCCUACUUCCCCUACAGCAAGCAAAGCAAGAUGAGGAAGAGGGGUUCCAUUGUGUGCAAGCUGCUAGCAUCCAUGCUGGCGAAAGCAGGUUUAACUCACAUUAUCACUAUGGAUCUUCAUCAAAAGGAAAUACAAGGCUUUUUCAGCUUUCCUGUGGACAACCUUAGAGCCUCACCUUUCCUGCUUCAGUAUAUCCAGGAAGAAAUUCCAAAUUACAGAAAUGCAGUCAUUGUAGCUAAGUCUCCUGAUGCUGCAAAGAGGGCCCAGUCCUAUGCGGAGAGACUGCGUCUGGGUUUGGCCGUCAUCCACGGGGAAGCUCAGUGCACAGAACUGGACAUGGACGAUGGUCGUCACUCCCCGCCUAUGGUCAAAAACGCUACCGUGCACCCAGGCCUGGAGUUGCCAUUGAUGAUGGCCAAAGAGAAGCCACCGAUAACUGUAGUUGGAGAUGUUGGAGGCCGCAUCGCAAUCAUCGUGGAUGACAUUAUUGACGAUGUGGAGAGUUUUGUUGCUGCCGCGGAGAUCCUGAAAGAGAGAGGCGCCUAUAAGAUCUAUGUUAUGGCCACCCACGGCAUCUUGUCUGCAGAGGCCCCCCGCCUGAUUGAGGAGUCCUCCGUAGACGAGGUGGUGGUGACGAAUACUGUCCCUCAUGAGGUUCAGAAGCUGCAGUGUCCCAAGAUAAAGACUGUGGAUAUCAGUUUGAUUCUUUCUGAAGCCAUUCGGAGAAUCCACAAUGGAGAGUCCAUGGCCUACCUUUUCCGAAACAUCACUGUGGAUGACUAGCUUUCACGAGGGUCUCGACCCUGGACCUCCUGAGGGAAACAUGGGAAAAGCAGUGCCAUGAAUGAUACAGUGUUUCCUUGCAAGGGAGGACUUGAAACAGCCUGGAGUUAGAUAUUCUCUUUUGCCCGGAUUGAUGGGGAGGAGGGAUUAAAAGAGUCAGGAAGAAGACAGAGCUAAUGGAUAAAUAUCAUAACAUGGCCUUACAUGUCUGCUGUCAUCAGCCCUGUUCCUUAAACAAAAGUUCUAGCUGCUUUCUUGAAAAUAAUCUGAAAAGCUUAUUGAUACUAAAGAGGAGUUAAAGGCACAUAAAGUCUUAACUCUAUAAUGUUCAUCUAGUUGUUUCAGCUCCAGGGAAAUGGAGGUAUUGAUGUUGAACCUGGUUAGGGAAGCUGAGCGCCUGUGGCCCUAUUACUAUCCAGUUGGCCUCUCCCAAAUCAACUUCAAGUCUUUUAUAGAGAAUCGUAUUUUUCUUUCAGAAAUUGUUAUGCCUACAGCCAUUGAAAAAUGAAGCAUUCAUGUUGUUACAUCUUCCAAGGAUGUCAGAUUAGAAAAUAGCAUCCCACCUCUGGGUAUCUGAGUGGCUCUGAAGUUGCAAAUAAAAUAAUUUGUUGUC